GGCAGCUAGCGCGAGGUUGGGGAGCGCUGAGCCGCGCGUCGUGCCCUGCGCUGCCCAGACUAGCGAACAAUACAGUCAGGAUGGCUAAAGGUGAUCCCAAGAAACCAAAGGGCAAGAUGUCUGCUUAUGCCUUCUUUGUGCAGACAUGCAGAGAGGAACACAAGAAGAAAAACCCAGAAGUCCCUGUCAAUUUUGCAGAAUUUUCCAAGAAGUGCUCUGAGAGGUGGAAGACUAUGUCUGGGAAGGAGAAAUCUAAAUUCGAUGAAAUGGCAAAGGCAGACAAAGUGCGCUACGACCGGGAAAUGAAGGAUUAUGGACCAGCUAAGGGAGGCAAGAAGAAGAAGGACCCUAAUGCUCCCAAAAGGCCACCGUCUGGAUUCUUCCUGUUCUGUUCAGAAUUCCGCCCCAAGAUCAAAUCUACAAACCCUGGUAUCUCUAUUGGCGAUGUGGCAAAGAAGCUGGGCGAGAUGUGGAAUAACUUAAGUGACGGUGAGAAGCAACCUUACAACAAUAAGGCAGCGAAGCUGAAGGAGAAGUACGAGAAGGAUGUCGCCGACUAUAAGUCUAAAGGAAAGUUUGAUGGCGCGAAGGGUCCCGCCAAAGUUGCCCGGAAAAAGGUGGAAGAGGAAGAUGAAGAAGACGAGGAGGAGGAAGAGGAGGAGGAGGAGGAGGAGGAGGAUGAAUAAAAGAAACUGUUGAUCUGUCUCCUUGUGAAUACCUUAGAGUAGGGAGCGCCGUCAUUGACAUUGACGCCCCUCUUAUUGGAGGCGUGUCUGUUGCCCUCGUUAGGUUUAAUCACACGAUUGGGUCAUGGUCAUAUUGUAGUUUCUCAAAGUGCUCUAGAAAUUGUCAGUGGUUUACAUGAAGUGGCCAUGGGUGUCCAGAGCACCCUGAAACUGUAUCAAAGUUGUACAUAUUUCCAAACAUUUUUAAAAUGAAAAGGCUCUCGUGUUCUCCUCACUCUGUGCACUUUGCUGUUAGUGUGACAAGGCAUUUAAAGAUGUUCCUGGCAUUUUCUUUUUUUGAUUUGUAAGGUGGUGUUAACUAUAUGGUUAUUGGCUAGAAAUCCUGAGUUAUCAACUGUACAUAUCUAUAGUUUGUAAAAAAGAACAAAACAACCGAGACAAACUCUUGAUGCUCCUUGCUUGGCGUUGAGGCUGUGGGGAAGAUGCCUUUUGGAGGGGCUGUAGCUCAGGGCGUGCACUGUGAGGCUGGACCUGUGGACACUGCAGUGGGCAUCCAUUUAGCUUCAGGUUGUCUUGUUUCUGUAUAUAGUGACCUAGCAUUCUGCUGCCAUUCGUAGCUGUGGAGAAGGGGGGGUCAGCUGGCAUGAGAAGUGUUUGGAUCCUUUUUAGUUAAGUGCGGUAGUUUUAAACUGUUUGUUUUUAAACAAACUGUGGAACUCUUCAUUGUCAGCAAAGCGAAAGAGCCACUGCAUCAAUGAAAGUUCAAGAACCUUCUGUACUAAACACGAUUUGCAACGUUCUGUUAUUUUUUUGUAUGUUUAGAAUGCUGAAAUGUUUUUGAAGUUAAAUAAACAGUAUUACAUUUUUAAAACUGUUCUCUAUUAUAACAGUCUAAAUUUCUGAGUCACAGCAGUCUUAGCUAACAAACAACCCACUCCAUUGUAUUUGGCGAGUAGCCUCCCUGCACAUCUGCUAUCUUCUAUUAAUGUGGCCAGCUUGCUUAGGAUACAGCGGAAGAGGCAACUCGAAGGUGCUGCGUGAUUUUUGUUUGUGUCUGGGUGGCAUUAGGAUGGAGUCAACUGCUGAAUGGACAAGCCAGGAUAACUUGACCCAGGCAAGGAGGUGCAGAGAGGGGGCGGUUAGGAUUGAGGCUGACUACUAUGUAGGUUUAUUUUUUUUUAUUUUUACUUUUUGCCUCCUGCAACCACCCGCCCUCCCCACCAAUGCCAAGGGGCCAGAUUCACUGCUAAACAGCAAAAAUGUCUUAAGGGUAUGGUAUAUCAAAACUUCAGGCUUGCAUUUUCCCUUUUCGUCGCCUCUGCCCCAGGUACAUGUAGCAGAGGUGUCACUGCUUCUGCUCAGCGAUGGAGGAGGUGUCUUGAGCUGCUGCUUCUGUCUUCUGAACCCCAGUGAGGGAAAGGGUGGUGGGGUCGAGAACAGUUACCGUUUGCUUUCCUACUGCUUCAAGAAACCAGACACCCCAAGGACCACGACCGGGGUUCCUGUUGUGGCUGCAUUUUGGGCCACCUGUACAGCAGGCAGUCUGAUGGGGAUCGGUUGUCUCUAAGCAUUACAUGCGUCCUCUGAAAAGUAGUAUGGCCUGCCUGCAAUUUGAGCUCAUCAAUUGCAAACAUAGGUUGGUGGUUCAAUGUUGAACUGGAAGAAGUUUGGUUUGUGUUUCAGUGGUUAUUUCAUGUUGGUGGAUGAUGUCCCAUUUUGUCCCAAUUGGGGAAGGGGGUGAUGUGAUGGCCACAGCAGCACAUGGUGGCAUUAAAAAUCCUUGCGAGGGGUGAUCAUCUUAUCUGUCGGCAGUAAGGAAGAGCACCGUGUUGUGGGCUGGCGUCCCCACUGCCCGGCAUUAUACUCUGCCAUGUGUGUUUGAGGCUGUGAAGCCCUCAGACAUGUUUUAGUUUCCUCACUCAGGAGAAUGCAGUUUUUUUUUUGCUUAAAAUUCACUAUUUGCAAAAUUGCAUGUCUGCAAGCUUGUGUCCUCCCCACCCUGUCAGGUCCUAGAUGGGUAUGUCACGGUCAUGGUCACUGGCCCAGUCUCUAAUCGGUAUUCAUAGUCAUUCCUUUUCACAUCAGAACUGUUUGUCCUGUGUUUUUCAAGCUCUUCUACAAAACGACCACUAAUUUGAAAACCUUGGUCCUGAGGUUUGCCCAGAGGCACUUGUUCCAGGAUUGCCCCUCUGCUUCAGCCAUACCCUUGUCACUUUCCUCCAGUUGCUGCCCAGCACGCGAUGUGGUAGGCUAAGACUAGGGAACUGGUCAGCCUCAUUGAAUCCGGAAGAGAAGCUCAACUUGUAGUCCCAAAGGAGAGCGAACUUGCUGAGUGGUGUCUAUCUGGUUGUAACACUUCCGUGCCUGCUUUUUUGUGCUAAACCAGUGGGGGAGCCGCUUACGUGAUCUUUGACUAUGGGGACAGAGUUCUAAAGAAAUUCCAGUUAAGGCUGCUUGGCCCCACAUUUUCACCCCAGCACAAGACUGCUCCUUUUAAUGGAAUGAUGCUCUGUAGCUUCUCUGGGACGUUACAAGUGGCAUGGCGUCACCACCUAAGUCUUCGGCUCAACUUGAUUAUUGGGCCCGGAAUAUGUGAUCUCGUAAUGCCAACCUGUUCCUUUUUUAAAAUCAAAAGGACAGUACCUGCUUUCUCUAACCACCUCUCUCCCAACCCUCUCACCCCAUUUUUGAAUGGUGUUUUAUCCUUUGGAAAGAACAAGGCUGUGAUGUAGCAAUUGUCUGUGUCUCCUGUGUUUCUGUUCUUGUCACAAAUGUACUUGGGGCAUUGGAUGCAUUCAUUUUCUGUAAUAAAGUUUCUUAAUCAGUC